AGAACAUAUUUGCUUUUUUCCCCAGAUAGAAGAUAAAUGUGCUAAGCUGGCAGAGUGAUUCUGCUCAGACAUGAGCAGUGCCAGUAACUCACUGGCACGGGAAUUCUUGUCUGAUGUCAACAGACUGUGCAAUGCAGUGGUACAGAGGACAGAAGCCAGGGAAGAUGAAGAAGAGGAAACUCAUAUGGCAGCACUGGGACAAUACUUAGUUCAAGGCCGUGGGUUUAUUUUGCUUACCACUCUGAACUCAACUAUUGAUCAGGAGCUGACAUGUCGAGAAGAACUUCUGACCCUCCUUCUGUCACUUCUGCCAUUAGUGUGGAAAAUCCCUGUUCAAGAAGAAAAAGCAAUAGAUUUUAAUAUACCCUUCGCAGUAGACAUAUGCCUGACCAAAGAGAAUAAUACAAGUUCUGUGAAAUCUACUCAGGAAAAACUAAACUUAGAUGGAAGCAUUCAUUCAUCUCUUCAGACUUCUGUAAAGCUAAAUCUUCGAUCUCGAAAAAGUGGACGUCUGCGCAAAACCACCCAUCGUUACUCUGUGCGAGAUGCAAGAAGAUCUCAGCUGUCCACUUCAGAUUCCGAAGGAAAUUCUGAUGAAAAGACUACUGUAAUAACAAAACACAGACACUCCCAGUUACUGCAGCCUUUUUUAACAUAUCCUGUUAGGGACAGCUACCUUGUAGAUAGAAGUGAUCGCCUACCUGUGGAAGUGGUACCAAAUUCUAAUACCAAUGCCCCUAACGUAGAAAAUUCCAGCAAAAUUAUUCCAGCACAUGAACUAAACCCAGAAACUUUGAAUGAGCCAGCUGCAGGAACUUCUGAGAGCAACAAGGAUAACUCUCCUUUUGACUUAUGCCAUGUCUUACUGUCUCUCUUAGAGAAAGUGUGCAAAUUUGAUAUUACUUUGAAUCACAGCUCUGCUCUUUCAGCCAGUGUGGUGCCCACAUUAACAGAGUUCUUAUCAGGAUUUGGAGACUGUUGCAAUGUAAGUAGUAACAGAGAAAAUGAAGUAGUUUCUGCAGGGUGGACAGAAGAACCUGUGGCUCUGAUCCAAAGGAUGCUCUUUCGAACAGUGCUGCAUCUUAUGGCUUUAGACAUUAGCAAUACAGAAACAAUGCCUGACAAUUUACGAAAAAAUUUAACAGACUUACUUAAAGCAGCAUUAAAAAUCAGAAUUUCCUUGGAAAAGCAACCUGGUCCUUUUUCUCCAGGUUAUGAGAAAACACUACAACAACCAGUUCAGGAUGACUACAUAUUUUCUAGAUAUCGUCACAGAACCUUGCUUCUACCUGAGGUUAUAAAAGGCGCCUUGCAGAUUUUGAUCUGUUGCCUACAAAGUGCAGCCUCCAAUCCAUUCUACUUUAGCCAAGCUAUAGAUCUGGUUCAUGAGUUCAUACAGCAUCAGGGAUUUAAGCUAUUUGAAAUAACAGUGCUUCAAAUGGAAUGGCUCUGUAUAAAGAAUGAGGGAGUACCUGGGGAAGCCUCAGAGCAUCUGAAAACUCUAAUCAACAGUAUCAUGAAAAUAAUCAGCACUGUCAAAAAAGUGAAAUCAGAGCAGCUCCAUCAAUCAAUGUGUACAAGAAAGCGGCACAGACGAUGUGAGUACUCUCACUUCAUGAAUCACCACAGAGAUCUCUCUGGGCUCUCUGUAUCUGCUUUUAAAAACCAAACUUCCAAAAACCCUUUUGAAAUUUCUGAUGGAGAAGUUCAUUAUCCUGAGAGAUGCUGUUGCAUUGCUGUUUGUGCACACCAGUGUUUGCAUUUGUUGCAGCGAGUUUCUUUGAGCAGUACCUGUGUUGAGAUUCUCUCGGGUGUACAUAAUGUAGGAAUAUGUUGUUGUAUGGAUCCAAAGUCUGUCAUUGUCCCACUGCUCCAUGCUUCCAAGUUACCAAUAUUAAAAAACUUUCAGCAGCACAUACUGAACAUCCUUAACAAGUUUAUAUUGGAUCAACUGGGUGGAGCAGAAGUAUCUCAAAAAAUUAUACAGGCAUCAUGCAAUAUAUGUACUGUUGACUGUGAUCAACUCACUCAGCUGGAAGAUGCCUUGCAGGGCAACUCUAGUGAUGCUAGUCUUGCAUCUAGUUCCUCUUGCAGAGUUCAGGGAAUUCUGCCUAGCACUGGAUCUGAAGAUAUGUUGUUGAGAUGGCAUGCAUUGGAGGCUUAUCAGGACAUUGUUUUUGAAGAAGACAAGCUACGUGGCACACAGAUUGCAAGCCAUAUUUGCCACUUAAUUCAAAAGGGAAAUGUAGUGGUCCAGUGGAAACUAUAUAACUGUAUCUAUAAUCCCGUGCUUCAGAGAGGAGUUGAGCUAGCUUGCCAUGCUCAACAAGAACUUGGACUAAGUACAGCUGAUAAACACACAUGCAGUUACCAUAGCCAGGAUUUGCCUUCUGAAGUACUUCAGGUUUAUUUGCAGAUGCUCCCCGUGUUGCUUAAAUCCAGGGUAAUUAGAGACUUGUUUCUGAGUUGUAAUGGAGUGAGUCAAAUGAUUGAGUUAAAUUACUUAGAUACAUUAAGAAGCCAUUCUUUGAAAGUGUUGGAGACUUUGAUACUCUGCCUUGGUGAUGAGCAGAAAGACCAAGCAACGCCAGAACUGGAAGGCCUGAAUGGCGAACAAAAGGAAUCUACAUCUGACUUACCUGCUUCCCUUUGUAGCCAACAUGCUGUUUCAGAGAUUCCUCAAAGCCUGAGCAAGUUUUAUGCUGGCUUGAAAGAGGCCUACCCAAAAAAGAAAAAGUUUGUGAGCCAAGACAUUCAUGUCAACACAAUAAACCUGUUCCUCUGUGUUGCUUUUUUAUGCGUGAGUAAAGAAGCAGAUGGUGAUCUGGAUUCAGCUAAUGACUCUGAAGAUACAUCAGGAUAUGAUAGUACAGCUAGUGAGCCAUUAGGCCACAAGUUACCAUAUCUGUCACUGGAAAGCCUUACUUUGCCCUCACUGGAACAUAUUCAUAGGGCUGCAGAUAUUUGGUCCAUGUGUCGUUGCAUCUAUUUGUAUAGUUCUGUUUUCCAGAGACAGUUCCAUAGACUUGGAGGCUUUGAAGCAUGCCAUAGAUUACUAAUUCUGAUAAUUCAGAAACUUGGAAAAAUUAAGGAAAAGGAGCAAGAAAAGAGGGAGAGAGUAUUGAGUGAAAGCAGCAGAAGUUCACAUGGGAGUCCUCGUACUGAGCUUCUCAACAAGGACGAUUCUGUUCAUCUGGCUAAAAGCAGAGAGGUGACACAAUUGGAGCUUGAUAAUUCUGGCAGUCUUGCUGGUGUGGAACAACUGGUGCCUGACUCUGUCUCCUGUGACAGCUCUUUGAGUAGGGAACACUCCUCAGUUAUUUCAGUUGCCAAUCUUGAAGGGAUAAAGACUUCUUUAAGAGAAGAGGCUGAGUGGGCACUUCAAGGUAUCAGACUCCUAGAAGCUCUGCUGACCAUCUGUCUACACAGCGCAAGUAACAUGCAGAAGAUGGAAGUGGAGAUGUUUCACCAGAACACCUGUGUGGAUGAUAUCUUACUUGAAAUAAGAGAGCAGCUUGCUCAAUCAAAAGUGAUAGAAACUGACUUGGCAAAGCCUCUGUUUGAUUCACUGCUUCGUGUUGCAUUGGGCACUUUUUCUGCUGAUCUUGAUCAUUCUGAAGAAAAAAUUGAGAAGACCCAUUACACUGAAAAGGAGCCUGUGUCACAACCUGGAGAAAUUUCCGAAGAAACUGAAGAAUCACAAUGCUGUAGUCUUAAAGUUUUUGCUGAAGAGGAAGGAUAUGAAGCAGAUAGCGAAAGUAACUCUGAUGAUAGUGAAACCAAGGAUGAAGGAGCAGACACAAAGGGAGAACCAGGUCCUUCAGGUUAUUUUAAUGACCUAACUGAAAACAUCAAUCAAGGAGAAUUAAUGUAUCCUGAAAUUUGCAUGUUAGAAUUAAACUUACUCUCAGCUGGUAAUGCAAGUUUAGAUGUGCUUGCUCAUGUAUUCCGAAGCUGCCUGAAAAUCAUCAGCCAGAAGGAGAGAAAUGCCACUGUACUUAUAGAACAGGGAGCUGUUAAACACCUUUUGGGAGGAUUUCUGAAUAUAUUGACACAAACGGAAUCUAGUUUUCAUGCAUGUCAGAUGGUGCUGGUAGAUCUGCUAGUUUCCUUGAUGAGUUCACAGACAUGUGCAGAAGAGCUAACUCUCCUUCUUAGGAUAUUUUUGGAGAAGACACCUUGUACGGAGAUACUACUCAAGGGUGUAUUGAAGAUCGUAGACACUAAUAUUUAUAUGAACCCAUUACAGUACCUUGCCUUCCCUGUGCUACAUGGCACGAAUUUGAGUAGUGGUUCUUCACAAAAAUAUGCUAGCGCUUCCAACAGCAAAACUGCUGGACUACUUAAAAGAGCAAAAUUUUCACAGAGUAAGAAAGAGGCAGAUAGUGAAAACUUGAGUCACCAGCUGCUUUCUUCUUGGCAUGUAGCCCCAAUUCACUUGCCUUUAGUUGGACAAAACUGUUGGCCACACAUGUCCGAUGGCUUCAGUGUCUCGCUGUGGUUUCAUCUGGAGUAUGCUCAUGAAACAGAAAAUUCAACAGAAAAGGGGAAAAAAAUCAAGAAAAGAAGCAGACUCAUAACUGUAAGAGAGAACAGUUUUGACAGCACGGAAGAAACAAAGUCUAUGGGAACAGAAUACCUAAGUCUGGGAGAGAAACUUCUUGAAGAUGGCUGUAUUCAUAUAAUUUCAUUGGGUUCCAAAGCACUGAUGAUACAAGUCUGGGCAGACUUGAAUACUGGAGCAUUUAUAUUUCGUAUGUGCAUGGAUCCAAAUGACGAGAUGAAAGCUGGUUUGCUGGCACAGGCAGAAUCUCCAGAGAAUGUCUUCCUUUUGGGCAGGUGGCAGCAUUUGGCAUUAAAAUAUCUGCAGAAGCCAGAAAGCAAGAAAAAUAUCCAUGGAAAGCUGUUGCUGUGGGUUUCUGGUCAGAGGUAA